CUUCUCUCUACGCCGUCAUUUCAUAUCAUGGACACCACUUGUGCGCUACCUUUCAGAUCCCAUGACCUUGGAAAUCAAGAUGGGCUCCGAGUGGGACGACCACAGAGAGACCAUCAGACAAUACUGGAUUGUCGCCAACUUGACGCUGGAUCAGGUUGUAGAUCGCAUGAGAACUGAACAUGGAUUUGACAAGAAGAAAAAGACCUACGAAUCGAAAUUCCGUUUAUGGGGACCCGAGUUUAGCAAGAACAGGAAGUCAACAGUAUGGAAGGGAGUAGGUUCGAGGGUUCAGAAGCGAGACAAACAAGGGAAGAAAACGAAAGUUCAUCUUCCGGGAACUUUGGUCUCGGAAGUCCAAUUCCGCAAAGCGAUGGCGAGACACUGCUACAAGAGCACUACGGAAAUGUUCUUCACGGUCCUGAGCCUGCCGAUAGCUCCAUGGUUCAUACUCCAGAGACGGCCCUGGAUUUCAGCCACCUGUGGGGCACCAUUCCAUGGGUCAGGUUCCAAGAAGAGUUCCAAGCUUUAGAGUCCAUCCCCCGUGUCAGCCCUAUCAUCGAAUUAGGGCCCAGCCUUGCAGAACUUCAGUCGGGUGCCGCACUCCCACCUUUAAGCCUUUGCAAUACAGGAAUUGAACGAGGAGAAACGAUAUCACAGCUUCACCCAAUUGUCCACGCAGUUUAUAUUAUGUCUAAUCAGCCAAGUGAAAUUUGGUACGGUGUGAUAAAGAAGCUUGACGCUCAAUCACGCAGCGUUCUUUUUGAGGUCCUCGUUGGUAUGAGAACGACAAGUACAAGAGUCUUGGUAGAAAGGAUUUGUCGGCAUGCGGUGAAAUAUAGCCAUAUCGAACUGCUCCAGUACCUGGACGCCACAGUGAUCCUGGAAACAUGGAAAGCCGACUCUGGAUAUCCUGUUUUUACCGCUCUUUUGGCUAGACAAAGGAAACUUGCCUUACGUCUGAUCGAAGCUGGCGCAAACUUGACAAGAUUCUGGGGUCCAAAGAUACUUGUCACGGCGAUUGAACAGGGGUAUCAUGAUAUGGUCCCUCUUUUGAUCCAAAGAGGUGUUGACAUUAAGGGGAGUGCGGAAUUUGACCAGCAAACAACGACACCACUGAUGGUGGCUAUAGCACGGCACAAAUCGAGAUCAGUAACUGAGCUGAUCAAGCUGGGUGCAGACGUCAAUUGCACAGUCCACGUGAACCGCGGGUUCAUCCGCGGCCAUCUUACCACUAUCAUGUGUGAUGAGACAGCGCUAGGACUGGCUCUUAUGCGAGGUCAAUCUGAUAUUGCUCGACUACUUCUCACCAGCGGGGCGCGUCUAAGUGGAAUAGAGAUCGCAAAUCCGACAUUGCUGCUGCCCCCAUCCAGGAGAACCGGGCACAUGUCUUCCUCGAUUUGUCUCAUGAUUGAAGCGGGUAUUGAUCUGCAAGCUGUCUUUGUGCCGGAAACCUGUCACACUCCUCUUCAGGGGGCUAUCCGUUGCGGCCAGAUUGAGACUGUCAAGCUUUUACUGGACAACGGCGCGAAUGUCAACUCGCCAGCGAACGUCAUGGGCUGCUUACUUACUUCGGCCCUCGAAGUGUGCGAUUCUGAGGCGAUCCGCCUAUUGAUACGCUCUGGAGCCAUUGUGAAUCCACCUUUGAUACAGUCUUCGAUCGACGGUAUUCGCUCCUACGACACUGCGUUAUUAGAAGCGAUCAAAAAAGGCGAUAUCGAAAUCACGAAGCUACUGCUGGACAAUGGUGCCGAUCUCGGAACAGCACGAAAUGCUGACCAAAAUGGACACCAAUCAGCGCUUUACACAGCGGUUUGCCUGGGAGAUCUACCCAUGGCGAAGCUCCUGGUCGGAGCCGGUGCCGCGGUCGAUGAAUUGAACGAAGAGCUUGUGGAGGGGAGAGGUUGGCUUAGGCAAACUGCACUGCACGCAGCUGUUCGCAACAAAAAUGUUCUUUUGGUGCGCGAGCUGUUGCAAGCUGGAGCUGAGAUCGAGACAAUGGCCACAUGCUCUGGGAGUCAAGGAGAAUACGUCUUGAGUACUUACGAGAUUGCAGCAUCAAAGCCGAGCAGAGGUGUCCUCAACUUGCUGCUCUCUGCAGGAUCAACCAGGACCAGUGAUGCAGAUGCCUACAUAUUACAUGCUGCCAUCAAAGUAGGUGAUCUCGACACAGUGGAUACUUUGGUCAAGGCUGGCGUAAACAUGAACGCCACGGUACCCCGAUGUCCAACAAGAACACCACUUCAAGAAGCAGUCAGGCAUGGCUAUCAGUCCGUCGUACACACACUUCUCAAUGCUGGCGCUUUAGUCAAUGCUCCUACCAAUGGCAUAGACAGAACUGCACUGCAAGAAGCUGUGAGCAUAGGUGAUAUCUCUCUGACCCGAUCCUUGAUCGCCGCAGGAGCCGACGUGGACGCUCCGGCCGCUGGGUGUGACAGGAUGACGGCUCUACAGCAUGCCGUCAGCCACAAUUCCAUUGAAUUAUUGGAGAUCAUAUUGCAUGCCGGAGCUGACGUUAAGGAGGAUCACACCGCGAAACCACUACGCUUGGCAGCCCAGGAUGGGUUCGUCGACAUGGUGGAUUUGCUUUUACGAUUCGACGCAGCAGUCGAUCCGAAAAACCAAUCUACGCCAAACGAUCUAACACCUCUGCAAGCAGCUGCGGAAUCAGGCCAUCACGAGAUUGUUGCUCGCUUGUUAUCAGCAGGAGCCGAGAUGAAUGCGGGCGCAGCAGACAAACGUGGUACUGCGCUUCAGAUAGCAGCGCGGCGAGGACACAUUCUUGUUGUCAAGCUCCUACUACAGAAGGGCGUAAACAUCAAUGCAUCAUCAGAGACUGCUGACUUUGGAACAGCACUACACUGUGCCGUCAUUGGCGGUCACAACGCAGUCGCUGAGAUUCUUUUACAUCACAAUGCUGAUCCGAACAUACCAGGCGCUGUACUCCGUCAUCCAAACGAAAACUACGCCCUGGGAACACCGUUGCAAUCAGCUAUAGACAGCAACGAGAAGGAACUUGUUCGACGACUCGUGGAAGCCGGCGCACGAGCAGACGUUAUCACGGCCGACGAACCCGACAGACGAACCCCUUUGGAGGCAGCAAUGCAACGAAAUUGUAACGACUCUCUCCGUCUUGUGCUACGUGCGGGAGCAAAUGUCAGACUUCGUGGAGACUUCCCCCUUGGCGGCUCGUUUCCUUCCAAUUAUCGAUGUUACGGGCCUGCACUCGUCGCAGCAGUGAGUCGAGGAAACUUGGAUCAGACUCGCGACCUUCUUGACGCCGGAGCAGACAUCGACGCCCAUGCAGAGGUUUUCAACUGGGCUGAUCAAUCUGAGGGUCACCUGAACCCACUGCAGGCAGCGGUUGCAAACUCCAACCACGAGCUUGCUCACGUUCUACUUGACGCAGGUGCUGAUGCAAGAAUUGUAGCCUGUUUUCCAUAUUACACGGGCAAGUCUGGAAGCGAUGCUUGCUACGGGUCACUGCUUGCAGUAGCCAUCAGGAAUAACCUCUCGCAUACCGGGAUCGUCAGUCGACUUAUUCGGCGCGGUGCACCUGUCAAUGUGCCUGCAAGUGGUAACUUCGGAAGGACUUCACUACAAGCGGCUGUGGAGAGAGGGGAUGUGGAACUGGUGAAAGAGUUAUUGCAAUGUGGGGCUGAGGUCAACGCAGCACCCAGUGAGAGAGCAGGGGCUACCGCCCUUCAGCUUGCAGCGAUACAUGGCUACGCUGCGAUCGUGUCAAUUCUGCUCGACGCCGGCGCAGAUGUAUUUUCCGACGGAGCUGUCAGCGACGGACGUACUGCCUUGGAAGGAGCAGCCGAGCAUGGCCGAACAGAUCUGGUGCAACUGUUUCUCAACUUCGGAAUUGUAAUGAAUCUGCCGAGAUGUAAGUAUGCGAAGGCGUUAGAGUUAGCGUUGCUUGGUUUCGAGAGUGUCAUUGCGGAAGUGAUCAAGGCCGUGGUUGCUGAUGCUAAAGCGUGUGCGUGUUUGGAUUUGUGCGCUGGCUCACAGAUAUUGCGAAAGAUGCUGCAGCGUGAGAGUCUAUAUCUACCAGUGCGCGCGUGAUAGAACGUAUUCAAAGGUCAGGAAGUUUCUGAAAUAAAGUAAAGAAUAAUCU